UUCUCAAUUUUGGCGAAGCAAAAAUCGGAAACGCCGCAUCCUCGAAGCAAAAACAGACCGCGUCAAUCGUUUUCUGCAAUUUGUAAUUCUAGUUUACCCUUUUUGUGAAAUAAGUGAGUGUCCUCUGUCCACAGAGGGCCAAACCUAAAUCGCCAAGCUGUCGGCCGUAAUCAAAAUGAAGCUGAUCGACUCGGUCGUUCGAAGCUUCAAGGUAGCCAAAGUGUUCCGGGAGAACACCGACAAAAUCAACGCUAUCGACUACUCGACCAAUGGGGAAAUGUUGAUCAGUUGCAGCGAGGACGACCAGAUAGUGCUGUACGAUUGCGAGAAGGGAACUCAGAUCCGGACGGUGAAUUCGAAAAAGUACGGUGUAGAUCUGAUCCACUUCACACACGCCAACAAUACGGCCAUUCACAGUUCGACCAAAGUGGAUGACACAAUCCGGUAUUUGAGUCUUCACGACAAUAAGUAUUUGCGGUAUUUCCCUGGGCACACGAAGAAGGUCAUCUCGUUGAAUAUUUCCCCGGUAGAAGACACCUUCCUGUCGGGAUCGUUAGACAAAACCUUGCGCCUCUGGGAUUUACGUUCUCCCAAUUGCCAGGGUGUGAUGCACCUGAAUGGUCGUCCGGUGGCUGCGUACGAUCCGGAGGGACUAAUUUUUGCUGCCGGCGUUAAUUCUGAGAGUAUCAAGCUGUACGAUUUGCGAUCGUUUGAUAAGGGCCCAUUCGUAACAUUCAAGCUGAACCAGGAAAAGGAAUGCGAUUGGACUGGGCUGAAGUUCUCCCGGGACGGGAAGACGAUUCUGAUCAGCACUAAUGGGUCCAUCAUUAGGCUGAUCGAUGCCUUCCACGGGACGCCUCUUCAAACAUUCACAGGUCACCUCAACAACAAAGGUAUCCCAAUCGAGGCAGCUUUCAGUCCCGAUUCGCAGUUCAUUUUCUCCGGGAGCACUGAUGGGCGGGUGCAUGUGUGGAAUGCCGAUACCGGGUACAAAAUUUGCGUGCUCAACGGAGAUCAUCCGGGUCCGAUCCAGUGUGUCCAGUUUAAUCCGAAGUUUAUGAUGCUGGCAUCGGCCUGCACCAAUAUGGCCUUCUGGCUGCCUACGGCAGAAGAUUCCUAAUUUCAACAACCGACCACGAUGGGUGUAUGUAAUUGUAAUACCUGGAUUUUAAGUUUCUUUCGCAAGGUCCCACAAAUCUUGAACUUUUUUAGACGCUAAGUUGAGAGCCGUAAUUCGUGAUUGAAGAAUAAAAUAAGUUUCUGGUAGGAA